ACUUUGUGCCCAGGCGACAUUUUCCAAAAAGCUUGCAGUGUUUCGGAGGCGUUUGAAAAACCUGAAUUAAUAACAGUAUGCUUCAUAGUACAUCGUUAUAAUUGCUACAGAUACUACAUAGAAAAGCUACCGAAACGGGGAGAAACAAUACGUGUUGAGUGACAGUCUGACUUAAGCAAAACUGGUCCACGAAAUUGUAGUAUCUUCUCCGCAAAAGCAGCAACGUGGAGAAAGGAAUGGACAAGAAAUCCGAGAUAGAUGUCGCUCUGAGUGAUUUAGAAGGUAACAAAGAAAAUGAAAACCAAUCGAAAUCGGAACAUAGUUCCAAAGAGGGAUCACCUACUGUUAAUUUGCCAGAACAUCAAUAUUCUCGGGAUGUUCUACUGAAAAUUGCUGAUAGCAGUGCAGCAAACAUCAGGCCAACCUGUCUCAACAAAGAAUAUGAUGGGCCAGAGGGAUACUGGGAUCCAGAAAAGUGGUUCAAGUCAUUUGGAGGUUCCCGAGGCAACUCUCCAUUGACAUUGGGAGAUAGAAGGAAACGUCCAGCUGAUAUUGACCGUGAUUCACUGAAGAGACCUGCUGAUCCCAAGGAAAGAGUAAAGCAAGAAGACAGUGGUAUUGUAUUGAGUCCUCAGAGGCGUAGCUUCCUAACAGGAUGCCAUGUGACUCAGACAUCGUCACCAUCUCCAUCUGUGCCUCAAAGACAACUUAGUGUGGACUACAGAGACAGGGAGAGAGACAGGGAUUUGGAUCGGGACAGAGAAAGACCUAGAAAUGACCAGAGGCGAAUAGGAAGUGGUCGCAUCCAACUUGACCGAGAGCGGGACAGAGAAUAUGACCAUGACAGGGAUAGAAGAGAAUUCAGGUUCAGUAGAGAUAUUCGAGAUAGCCGGGACAUUCGUGACAGUAGGGAUCUUCGAGAUGGUAGGAACCUGAGAGACAGUAGAGAUAGCAGAGAUUCCCGUUUCGACAGAGAUCGUGAUCGAGAUGACAGAAGAUUUGAACGCUUCAGGAGAGAUAGUGGAAGUUAUGAUGAUCCAGACAGGAGAUACAAUCGUGCAAGAAGUUUCCGUUACAACGAACAGCCUGAGCAACCGGAGUGGUUCACAGAGGGUCCUAUCAGUCAGUCUGACACAAUUGAACUCCAUGGGUUUGAUAGGACUUCUGAUGAUGAUGAUGAAAAGGCACCAGAUGAAGAAGAGAAGAAUGUUGAUGGACCAAAAAAUUUGACAACCGUGAAUGUCCAGGACAGGAAUGGUAGCUUAGAGACCCAGGAAUCUAGUUCACCCGAACCAUCUCCUCAGUCUGAACCAGAGAAGGCCGUCCCAUCUGCCACAGAGAACGCUGUGCCAGAGUUUGAUAUCAACGAGUUCUUCAAGUCUAAUCUAGAAGUGCAGGAGUCCACCAGUCCAAAACCAGAUCAAGUUCUCCAGGUUUCCGGCAGCCGCUUUUCCCAGUGGUUCCAGUCCAAGGCUCAAGGUGGUGGAAACAGCAAUAGCAACAGCAGGCGAUCAUCCCUUGAUGGGGAUUUCAGUUUCUUAAAUGAUCUCAUCAGUGGUCAGAAGAGCCCACCCACAGUUUCUCCCGCCCCUCCCUUGGAUGGUGUACCAUUCCAUGCCCCUUCACAUGGGCCAGAGGAGACCAAACAACCCAACAUCCUAGAGAUGCUGCACCAUGCUGCCAAGAGAGGAGGACUGCAAGCAGAAUCACAUGGAAAUAACAGUACCACAGAAGCAGAAACCAACUUGAAAGCUCUUUUAAUGGGUGAUAAUAAAACGGAGGCUCUAAGUCCUAGCUUUGUUCAUCCUAGUGUACAGAGUUUACCCAAGGAAAAAGUGAUGACAGCAGAGGAACUUGAAGCUGGAUUGAAGAAGAUGGUACUUGGCGGUGGUAAUGCUCCAGGACAGAUGCCAGGAGAGAACCAGCACCACAUCCCCCUGCAGCACAAUCAGAAACAACCCCACCAUCACAACCAGCAACAACAGCAUCAGCAAACCCACCAUCAUAACCAGCAACAACAGCAGCAACAACACCAUCACAACCAGCAGCAACAGCAGCCACCACCAGAGAGUUUCUCACCACAACUACAAUUCAUUGCUUCUCAGUUGGCCAAAGCUCAGCCAACCCCCACUCCGCCACAAAGGGGCACCCCAGGGCACCCUGGCAUGUCCAGUGAGAACAUGCUACCCCCUAUGGAUACACGCACACCUAAGAACCAAACAGGUUCUCCCAAUAACAACGACAUGACAGCCUUUAACAAGUUGGUAGGGCUUAUGAAGGCUAAUGGGGCAUUGAGUGAAACACCAAAGAUGCCAACAAACGCUGUUAUGACAGAACCACACAACCUUCCACCUGCAGCCCAACAACUCAUUGACCAUGCUCAGAAAGAAGCUCAACAAAAUGCAAUUAUACAGGACUUGAUGAAGGCACAGCAGCAGCACCAGCAGCUGCAAGACUUGCAACAGCAGCAAUUACAGCAGCACCAUCAGAACCAGAUGAGGAACCUGCAACAACAGCAAGCCACUCCACUUCACUACUCCUCCCUUCAACAGAAGGUCCAACAGGCAAAACAACAACAUGAUGCCAUAUGGAACUUCAUUCAGAAAAACCCUACCAUUAUAACCAAAGGGGCUUCUCCCCAGCCAGGGGCUCCACCACAGCCUCAGCAGCCCCGUGGGGCAUCUCCACCUCAACUGGUGCAGCAGCUGGCUCAGCAAGCAGCACUGCAACAGCAGCAGCGCCAGUCGACUCCUAAGGCACCAUCCCCAGUCAUGUUUGGUUCUCAGCCUCCAAUGCACCUUAGAGCCCCAUCUCCAAUACAUCCAGCACAGUUCCAGCAGCAGGUGCUCAGUCAGAAUCUAACUGUACAGGGCACAACCCCAACUGCUUCUUUGGCCCGUGUGCCAUCACCACAAGAGCUGGCAGCUCACACUCAAGCCAUAAUGCAAAAUGCACUGCUCAAAAAACAAUUGGAGGAUCAAAGAGAGAGAUUUCUAAAGAAACAGCAUACUGAAGGGGGUAAAUCUCCUAUUGGUGCACCUGGUAUGGCUGGCUCCCCUAUGAUACCACAGAAUCAGAAGCCACCAGUCUCUGCUGCAUUUACACCCACCUCUGUGAUCAGAAAACUGGUGCAAGAUAAAGCAGAAGAGAAAGAGAAACAAGGCAAAGAUGGUGGUCAGCCUGGUAAUGAACAGAGCCCAGCACCUACCAUGAUGCUUCCAUCUUCCCAGGCAGAAUCCAGUGUUCAGACUCCAAGAGCACCUGUCCCCAUAGCUAACCUGAUGGCAGCGGCAGCUAUGGAACAAAACAAACAGCCGCCACGCCCUCUAGUGGGACAAGGAAUGAUGAACAUGCUGCAUCAAGGACAGAUGCAACAGGCACCAGGUCGACCCAUUGUUAAAGGCAACCCAACUAGUCCAAGCAGUCCAGGUAGACAGCAGCAGCUCUCUGGUCAGCACAUUCUAAACAUGAUUAACAGGGGAAACCAACAGGGCCAGCAAAGUCAAGAUAUCAACAGACUCAUUGAACAGCAUUUCCAACAACAACAACAACAGCAGCAACAGCAGCAGCAGCAACAACAACAAUCACCGCAGCAGCAGCAAGUUAGCCCCAACUCAGCAGGUGUUCCUCGCUCUAUGCCAAGUGGUGUAUCUCCUGGUAAUGCUAUCCCUGUGCCAAUAACAGGAAGGUCUCCUGCAGUAAACCAAAGAACAGCUGCCCAGGCUCAGGCACAGGCUGUGGCAGCACAGCAGGCACAGCAAAUUUUGGUGCAGAGAAUGCAGCAGGCUGGGCUGAAUCAGGCAGCAGCAAGAGGUUUGCAGCAACAGUUGGCCCAGUUGAACAUGACUCAGAUUAGUCAGCUGGCAGCCUUGCAGCAGGUCCAACAGAGGGCAGUACUGGAGAGCCUGAUCCAGGCACAGACAUCCAGGGCAGCAGCAGCAGCUGCAGGCUAUCAGCAAGGCAAAGUGGCCUCCCCCAGGCCUGGCUUCUCUAACAGUGUUCCCAUGUCUGCCAACCCGGCUGUGGUCAGUGCUGCUGUCAACGCAGCUGUAGGGAGAAACAACUCCCCUCAGCCACAGAUUCCCACACCUAUGAUUCCACAACAGAAUAGACCAGAUGUUGUCAAUGGCCCAAUGUCUCCCGGUCGAGCCAUCCAUGGCAGCAACCACCCCUUCCCACAGCACAACUCAAACAUGCUGAACAUGCAACAGCACCAACAACAGCAGCAACAGCAGAGACCAGGGGGAGAUAUAGGUGUGAACUUGGCCAAGUUGUUUGGCAGCACUGACAGCCCUGGGCAGCUCCCCAAGAUGCCACCACUCCCACAGCAGGGCCAGAGAGUGAUGACUGUGGAUGAGCUGGAGAGAAGGCAGCAGACUGUAACACAUUGAGAAGAUAAUGGGAUGAUACGUUAUGUAUUGGUGUCAUUGUAUGAAACUGCCCCAAGAUUAGACGUUUCAUUGUAAGUCACAUUUUGAAAUUGGUUGUGUGGCUGAUAAAAAGAAUUUUGUAGGUUGUGUCCAAAAACAGUGGGCAUGUCAGACAAACCAGGAGAGAUCAAAAGGAAAUGGCUGCUUCUUGAUAAAUGAACAUCCAUACUGAAACUAAUACUGCCUGUGUGUCAUGCUUAAUGUUGAAUUUUUUAAAAAUGAAUCGUCAACUAAUUUUGGAGAGGAAAAUGUAGAUGUUGCAGAGAAAAUGAGACCAUUCAUGCCUGCUAACUGAAAGGAAUCAAGAAUACUUUGCUGCUCUAAACAUGUUUAAAUCUUAGGCAUUAUCUAAGCAGGAUCA